AUGUGGCUGAGUUUUGUUAGCGUGUCGCUGCUGGCCGUUUCGGCCUUGGCCCAUCUGGAUCAGGUGACCUUGGACAGCCAAUGGGAGCAGUGGAAGAUCACACAUAGGCGGGAAUACAACGGCAUGGAUGAAGAGAGCAUCCGGCGGGCCAUCUGGGAGAAGAACGCGCUGAUGAUCGAGGCCCACAACCAGGAAGCAGCGUUGGGCAUGCACUCGUAUGAGCUGGGCAUGAACCACUUGGGCGACAUGACGUCUGAAGAAGUAAUGGAGAAGAUGACGGGGUUGGAGAUGCCCAUGACGCGGGAACGCGGCUUCACCAUGAGUCCCGAGGAGAAGGCCUACCCGUUGCCUAAGUCGGUGGACUACCGCAAGAUGGGCAUGGUGACGUCGGUCAAAGAUCAGGGUUCGUGCGGUUCAUGCUGGGCCUUCAGCUCGGCGGGAGCUCUGGAGGGUCAGCUGGCUAAGACUACGGGGGAGCUGCGGGACCUUAGUCCUCAGAACCUGGUGGACUGUGUGACGGAGAACAGCGGCUGCGGCGGCGGGUACAUGACCAACGCCUUCAAAUACGUCAGGGACAAUGGCGGAAUUGAUUCGGACGAGGCCUAUCCCUACGUGGCCCAGGCACAGAUGUGUCGUUACAACUCUUCGGGCUCGGCGGCCGAGUGCCGUAGCUACAAAGAAAUUCCGGAAGGCGACGAGCACGCGCUAGCCGUGGCGCUCUCCAAGGUCGGCCCCAUCUCUAUCGGCAUCGACGCAUCCCAAGGGACCUUCCAGUUCUACCAGAGAGGCAUCUACUACGACCCCAACUGCAACAAAGACGAUGUCAACCACGCCGUGCUACUGGUCGGCUACGGGGUAACCGCCAGGGGCAAGAAGUACUGGCUCAUCAAGAACAGCUGGAGCGAGAGCUGGGGCAACAAAGGCUUCGCCAAGAUGGCGCGUAACCGCGGAAACCUGUGCGGCAUCGCUAACUUGGCUAGCUACCCCGUCGUGUGA